AAGCAGUGCAUGAGGCAGGAGGCUACACCUCCCUCUCUCUCCUCCCUCACUCCCUCUACUCCCAUCUGCGACGCCUGACAGCACUGCACCGGCUGCUAAAACAGUCUUAAUGGAGGCUCAGGCAGAUUCUAGUGCAGGAGAGCCACUUAGAGAGCGAGAGUUCCAGAAACUUCUAAAGUCCUCCAGCUCGGCCAGUCUCACCAGUGAGGCAUCCUACAAUACCUUUGGAGAGCAUGUUGGUACCCCAGCACAUUACAGCAGUCAGGUGCUCAUCACAGAGAAACGACAGCCGCUAAGCAGUGUGUCCUCGCUGGAGGUGCACUUUGACCUCUUGGACCUGACAGAGCUCACAGACAUGUCUGACCAGGAGCUGGGUGAGGUGUUUGCAGACUCCGAUGAGGAAAAUCAUACAGAAUCUCCUGCAAUUCAUCCUGCAGAUCGUCAACAGCCCCUGUUACCUCGAUUUCCACACAGUGGUUAUGUUCGCUCACCUUCCUGGACUCGCGGUGGAAAAGGGGAGCAGCAACAAAGAGAUCGGAAACACCACAGCGAUUCAGAGAACACAGAGCCUUUGCUGAAGAUAGAACGUUCCCAAUCCCAACAGCCUUGAGUCAGUGACAUCUACAGGGGCUCAGGGAGAACACAAAGACUUUAUGCAGGAAGUGGAGGUUCCUUCUCAAGCAAGGAAAUCUGGGAUCAAAGUAUAUGAACAUCCCAUCCCACCCUAAGAAAAUAAAUGCAAUCCAUUUGCCUAUUAUGAUGGGCAAGGAGACAGCUCCAAUAAGCUGCGGUAAUUGUAGACUCUUCCUCAAGAUGGAAAAGACUUCAUCCAACCAGGUUUUUGGGACACCUCUUUGUGACAUGGACUCGCCCAUAUUCUUCAUUUAACUACUGCAUAUGGAGAACUAGAUGCAUGAUGUAACAUUAUGGACCACAUUGGCUUAAGUGAUGCAAGGGAAAUGUGAAUCUAAGGAGCCAUAUAGGACUUCCACAGUGAUUGUAUACAGCAAAGGACCUGUAGCAAUAGAGCAAUGUGUGGCAGAACAAAUUCAGAGAGCCUACAAUGUGUAUCUAGACCAUACCUGUGCAACUGGUAACAAAUAUAGCCAACUAAAGUGCCCUUUGAGGAGAUUCCACUUAAAAAAUUGGGAGAUCCUGGAGUGAAAUAUCUUGUUUAAAAAGUUCAUGCCUAAGACUAGAAACAUACUCUUUGCAAGUACGUAAGCACAGGUGUCUUCAGCUGUGCAUGCUUGAUUUCACAUGUUGUUGCAUUUCCAAAAUGUGUCGGAGCACAAUUCAGAACGCAACUCGAGUACCAUUAUUGCAGGAAUUAUCAUAAACGGUUUGCUUCUAUGGUCAGUUUUCUCUCUAAGGGUCAUCUAUCGCAGUAUUUCCCAAACCUGUUACUGGAGGCACAAUGACAGAAAACAUUCCUGACCUGAUACAUUCAUUUGAGGACUUGGAGUAUCUACUAACUAGAUGAGUUGAAUCCGGUGUGUUAGAUUAAGGCUACAUUGAAAAUGUGUACUGCUUCGGUGCCUCCAGGAACAGGUUUGUGAAUCACUGAUUUAUUGUAAUGGCUGAGAAAAAGUUUAAAGAGGAUUGUGCUGUGCAGGUUAAAGUUAGUUUUAGAAAGUUAUAGCAAGCUAUCUGAAUAACACAUCCAGAUUCACGGCACGGAUAUUUCAAGGUAACUAUAUCGCUCCCCUAAGGUUUAAUAUUGCUACAGUAACUCAAGAACACACUAUAGCCUAAUUCAAACUGAAUAUGUUCUCUGUGUGUGUUAAUCAUUUGGAAAGCUGUUCUGACAUAAAUGGUCAGAUUUAUGAUUUGUUUCAUAUAUUUGAAAUGUUAUUUGGUAUGAACAAAAUGACACCUGCUCCUGACCUUACAAAAAAUCUGGAGUUCUAGCCGCAAACUUGCGUUAAAUUUGCAGCAAAUUUGCAAUUCAUGAUUUUCACUGAAAU